UGUAAUAAUUCUUUAUUCAUUUUCUCUCUCAUCGUUUAUCCCUCUGGUUUUACGCCGGUUGGCAGUCUGGACCGCCCUUUCCUUCCCAUUAUAACCCUCCACCUGCUUCUUCUUCUUGUUCCUUUCUCAUUUCUCUCUCUCUCCUUCUACAAGCAAAAUAUCCUGCAAGAAACCCCCAAAUUCCCCCAUUUCUUCUUCUUCUUGUUCUUCAUGGGGAAUGUUGUUGCUAUUUAGCUAGCUAACACACCUUCUCUUCACAAAACCCUUCAACAGAUUCACUUGCAUGCUAUCUAUUCGAUCGGUUGUUUUAGAUUGUGGAAAUUAAUUUGAUCUAAUCUCAAACUGUGUAACAAAUGUAUAUGGCUCCGUUAACUACAGACACAGCUACUAAUAAUAACAAUAAUAAUAACAACAACUGGCUUUCGUUUUCUCUUUCGCCGAUGGAGAUGUUCACUUCUUCAUCUUCUCAACCUCAUUUACUUCAAUCGACUAUGAAACAGCAACAACAACAACAACUUCCGUUUGAUGAUGGGUCAUCCUCAGCUGCUUCUGCUGUUUCUCAUCCUUAUUACUAUGUUGAUAAUUUCUACUCAAAUGGUUGGGAAAAUGCGAAAUCUCAAGAAGAUCUUUACGGAGGUGGUGGUGGUGAUUAUCAUAAUAAUCCUGCCAAGGAAAUGACUGGACAAACCAUUGGCGAUUUAUCUAUUUACUCCGGUUUCAUGGAUUCCCGGAUCCAUCACCAUCAGCCGGCGGCAGCUCCGAAGCUGGAGGAUUUUCUUGGAGGUGAUUCAGCUCUCGUUCGUUACUCCGACAGCCAAACAGAGACUCAGGAAUCGACGCUGACUCACAUCUACGACCACCAUCAUGGUGGCUCGACCUAUUUCGGCGGCGGCGGUGACCAUCAGGAUCUUAAAUUGAUCUCUGCGGCUAAUGGGUUUCAGUCGUUUUCAACUAACUCUGGAUCGGAAGUUGAGGACUCUGCUUCCGUUGACAGGAAUCAGUUAACCUCCGGGCAUUUCGCCGGUGGUCAGUCGAUUGAGUCUAGUAACUGUUUGAUUCCGACUGGGGUUUUAUCAUUGGGGAGUGCUGCCGCUGCUGCUGCUGUUGCUGUUGCUAAUCAGAGCUCACAGAAAGCUAUUGUUUCAGUUGAUUCGGAUAGUUGUAAGAAGAUUAGUGAUACAUUUGGACAGAGAACCUCCAUUUACAGAGGAGUUACUCGACAUAGAUGGACUGGUAGAUAUGAAGCUCAUCUAUGGGAUAAUAGCUGUAGAAGAGAAGGUCAAGCCAGAAAAGGGCGUCAAGUUUACCUAGGUGGAUAUGAUAAAGAAGAUAAGGCAGCAAGAUCUUAUGAUUUGGCUGCUCUUAAGUAUUGGGGUCCAACUGCCACUACCAAUUUCCCGGUGUCUAACUAUAGCAAAGAACUAGAAGAAAUGAAGCAUGUUACUAAGCAAGAGUUUAUUGCAUCAUUGAGGAGGAAGAGUAGUGGAUUCUCGAGGGGAGCCUCCAUUUAUCGGGGAGUGACAAGGCAUCAUCAACAGGGUCGAUGGCAGGCGAGGAUUGGUCGCGUUGCGGGUAACAAGGAUCUAUAUCUUGGAACAUUCGCAACCGAAGAAGAAGCGGCUGAGGCAUACGACAUCGCUGCGAUAAAAUUCCGUGGUGUGAACGCGGUAACCAACUUCGAGAUGAACCGAUACGACGUAGAAUCCAUAAUGAAGAGCGCCCUUCCAAUCGGAGGGGCAGCCAAGCGGUUGAAGCUCUCUCUCGAGUCCUCAAAUCCUAAACCAACAUCCUUCAACCUCGAGCAAAUGCCACCAACCGGAAUGAACAACUCUUCAUCCACAACAAGCAUUAACUUCUCUUCAAUUCAGCCAGUUUCCAUGAUUCCAUGUGGAGUCCCUUACGAUCCAACAACAACAGCCCGAUAUCACCACAGCCUGUUCAAUCUCCUCCACACUACUACUACUAAUAAUAAUAACAAUGCCGGAGUUUCAGAUCAUUCUUCCUCAUCAAACUAUGCUGCUGCAGCUUCCAUGGCCGCCCCACCACCAUUUUCGACUAUGCAAUCUCCAGCAGAGUUCUUCAUCUGGCCUAACCACCACCAAUCUUAUUGACUUCAACUGACACCUAAAAAAGAAGAAUGGCUAAAACCACUAUAGAUUAGGUUUUAACUAAGCUGGGAUAUUUCUCUUUUCAUAUAUAAACAAGUAGUUUCUUAAUUUAGCAAGGCUGGGUAGGUGAUCGAAAAGGAAAUCUGACGUUUCUGUAAGUAGCUGUUUGUUCUUGAAUUAGGGUAAUUAGAUGAUGAUGAUGAUGAUGAUGUCUGGUGGGGAAGAAGAUGAAGAAAGAUUAGAUAGAGACAUUAUUAUCACAUGUGGGACAGGUGCAGGAAAUAUUUUGUGGGAUCUUCUCCAGUUUUGCCCAUGUCGGAGAUGAUCUUAUGAUAUUAUUUGUCAGUUAGGCAAUAUUUAACGAUCAUUAUUAAUUAACGGAUUUAAUUACUUGCUUUAUUUUGUUUCUAUGUCAAUUUUUUCCAUGUUUUUAAGGAUGAAUUUA